UGGAAAGGCAAUAAUUGGAAAUGAGGAAUUCUUAAAAAAAAAUAAAUAAAUAAAAAUCGGCAGGCUAGGGGGAGGGAGGGAAGGAAAAGGAAAAGGCAGGGGCUGAGAGAGAUCUCUGGCUCUCUUUCUCUUUGAAAAUUGACUAAAAAAGUUUUUUUUUUUUAAUCUUGUUGCUUUAGAUCUUUGGUUCUCUUUCUCUUUGAAUCUCCAAAUGGGUUUGUGGGAAGCUUUUCUCAAUUGGCUUCGCAGCCUGUUUUUCAAGCAGGAAAUGGAGUUGUCUUUGAUAGGACUUCAGAAUGCUGGAAAAACCUCAUUAGUGAAUGUUGUUGCUACUGGUGGAUAUAGUGAAGAUAUGAUCCCUACGGUUGGAUUCAACAUGAGGAAAGUGACAAAAGGAAAUGUUACAAUAAAGUUGUGGGAUCUUGGAGGUCAACCUAGGUUUCGCAGUAUGUGGGAACGAUACUGCCGUGCGGUUUCUGCAAUUGUUUAUGUGGUGGAUGCUGCUGAUCCUGAUAACCUGAGCAUCUCAAGAAGUGAGCUUCAUGAUUUGCUGAGUAAGCCCUCACUUAAUGGCAUCCCUCUUCUGGUCCUAGGCAACAAGAUUGACAAGCCAGGAGCUCUGUCAAAACAAGCUUUGACAGAAGAAAUGGGACUCAAGUCAAUUACUGACAGAGAAGUUUGCUGCCACAUGAUAUCAUGCAAGAACUCAACCAACAUUGACUUAGUUAUUGAUUGGCUUGUAAAGCAUUCCAAAUCAAAGAGCUGAAAUAAGACUUUUCUUUCUCUUUCUUUUUUUUUUUAAAUUCUUUUUGUGAUGAAUUCUAGUUUCCCAAGGGAUACGAUUUGUGUUGUUUGAGAAUUUCAAUUUU